AUGGGGUUAGAAGAGUGGGAGCUCUAUCCUUCUUCCUACAUUGGUUCACAGGUCAUAGAAUACAGACCGGUCUCUGAAGACAGCGAUAACGACGAUCAGAAUGGGGGCAUGGCAGUGUCACUGGACGCCGUUCUCCCUGAUGAUCUCUUGGAGAAGGUUCUUUCCUUCUUGCCUGUUGCAAGUAUUAUAAGAUCUGGGUCUGUUUGCAAAAGGUGGCAUGAGAUUGUGCAUGCCCAGAGGCACGCAUGGAGCAAAAUGGUGCCUCAGAAGCCAUGGUACUUCAUGUUCACCUGUAGAGAGGAUGGAGUUUCAGGUUUUGCCUAUGACCCGAGCCUCCGCAAAUGGUAUGGAUUUGAUUUCCCUUGCAUUGAAAAGAGCAACUGGUCUACAUCCUCGUCGGCUGGGUUGGUGUGCCUAAUGGACAGUGAGAACAGGCGCCGCAUUUUGGUGUGCAACCCCAUCACUAAGGACUGGAAGAGACUUCUUGAUGCUCCUGGGGGCAAAACAGCUGAUUACAGUGCUCUUGCCUUUUCUGUGGAUAGAAGUUCUCAUCAUUACACUGUGGCUGUUGCAAGAAGCAACCAGGUUCCAUCGGAGUAUUAUCAGUGGGAGUUUACCAUCCAUUUGUAUGAGUCGGUCUCUGGUAGUUGGGUGACUCCCUUUACUGGAGUACUGCUUGGAUGGAGAGGUGGCGAUGAGUGUGUCAUCUGUGAUGGAGUCCUCUACUAUUUGGUGUACUCCACAGGAUUUCUGGUGAACAAUAAUGAGCAUCGCCAUUGUCUCGUAAUGUAUGAUCUCACUGCAAGACCUAACCACACUUCUCUGAUGAGCAUGGCUAUUCCAGUGCCUUGUGCUCUUACGUGUGGCCGACUGAUGAACCUGAGUGAGAAGCUUGUGCUGGUUGGUGGCAUUGGCAAGCAAGAUAGGCCUGGGAUCAUCAAGGGGAUUGGCAUUUGGGAGCUCCAUAACAAAGAGUGGCGUGAGGUUGCUCGCAUGCCUCACAAGUUUUUUCAAGGAUUUGGCGAGCUUGAUGAUGUUUUUGCAAGCUGUGGGUCAGAUGAUCUUAUCUAUAUCCAGAGCUAUGGGUCGCCGGCUCUUCUCACCUUUGAAAUAAACCACAAGUCAUGGAAGUGGUCCGUGAAGAGCCCUGUUUCGAAGAGGUUCCCGCUGCAGCUGUUCACUGGAUUCUCUUUCGAGCCAAGGCUGGACAUUGCUCUCUAG